AAUUACCUAUUGUUUAGUGUAAAUGGUGUAAAUUAAUAAUUUUAAAGAACUUUUCAAUGUUGAAAAACAAUGCUCACGAGAAAAUAUAAACAAAUUUUUAGGUUAUAUGUGUCAGGCCGUCAAACUGUUAUACAAAAUUUUUGUGCAGUGUAAUAUUGACUUUAGCGUUGGUGAUUUCAUUCUCCGCAAAAAUAUAGUUUUUCAGCGGUUUUUCCAUAUUUUCCUGCAUUAAAAUGACUACUGAUAUAGCCAGAGAUAUUCCCCAGAGUGGAUUUGCCUUUGAUAAUUGUCGCAGGAACAACUUCCUCCUGCAAAAAGGAUAUGCGGCUCCCAAGGCAGUCAAAACAGGUACUACGAUUGUGGGAAUUAUCUACAAGGAUGGGGUGAUAUUGGGAGCUGAUACCAGAGCCACUGAAGGGCCAAUUGUGGCAGACAAAAAUUGCGAGAAAAUUCAUUUUCUGGCCAAGAAUAUUUAUUGCUGUGGUGCAGGAACAGCUGCAGAUACUGAGAUGACUACGAAGAGUAUUGCAUCUCAGCUGGAGCUUCAUCGUCUUCAGACUGGAAGAGUUGUUCCUGUUGUGGCAGCUAGUUCUAUGCUGAAGCAGAUGCUUUUCCGCUAUCAGGGAUACAUUAGCGCUGCUUUGGUUCUGGGAGGCGUAGACAAUACAGGACCCCAUAUUUACUGCAUCUAUCCACAUGGAUCUACAGACAAGCUUCCCUAUGCAACAAUGGGCUCUGGAAGUCUUGCUGCUAUGUCAGUGUUUGAGUCUCGCUGGCGUCCGGAUAUGUCUGAGGAGGAGGGAAAGAAACUCGUGAGGGAUGCAAUUGCAGCGGGUGUUUUCAAUGAUUUGGGCUCGGGAUCCAAUAUUGAUCUCUGUGUCAUCCGUAAGGGCAACACUGAGUUCCUGCGCACCUACGAGGAGGCCAAUGAGAAGGGGCAGCGUACCAUGACCUACAAGGCUCCACCGGGAACUACUAAGGUAAUCAAGGAGAAACUCUAUAAGCUGGAUGUCAGUGAGUCAGUGAGGAUUACAGCAGGUCCAUCCUCUGAGGGAGUAACUCCAAUGGAUACUGCUUAAAAAUAAUUUUUCCUCUGGAUUUCAAGAUUUUUUAAAAAUAAAUUUUUCGAAACAUUC